CUGACUGGCCACUGUUGAGGGGAGUCGAAAAGAUAGCUCGUCCCCAACCCAACUACGGCGGUGCCCAUUUCACAGAAGAAGGGAAUGAAAGUCUCAAUUUCCCCACCAGCUUUUGUGAGGAAAUUCAACAGACACAAAACAAAACGCCGCAGUUCCCUCUUCUUCUUCUUCUUCUUCGCCGCCCCCUCCCCUCAGUUACAUAAUGGCUCGCGCGGCCUCUCGCGAGGUUGCCGCCCCUCCCCCUCUCCAGCCGCUCUCUCUCUCUCCCUCUCUCUCCCCUCCCCCGGCUCAUCCCCACGUCACCGGGAGACCAGACGGGGACAACAUGGCGGAGCGGAGGAGACACAGGAAGCGGAUUCAGGAGGUUGGUGAGCCAUUCAAAGAAGAGAAGGCAGUUGCUAAACAUCUCCGUUUCAAUUGUCCCACCAAAUCCACCAACAUGAUGGGUCACAGAGUUGACUAUUUCAUUGCUUCAAAAGCUGUGGACUGCCUUUUGGAUUCGAAGUGGGCAAAAGCCAAGAAAGGAGAAGAGGCCCUGUUUACAACUCGAGAGUCUGUUGUUGACUAUUGUAACAGGCUUCUAAAGAAACAGUUUUUUCAUCGGGCACUAAAAGUGAUGAAAAUGAAGCCGGACAAGGACAUAAAGAAAGAAAAGGAAAAAGAGAAAGGAAAGACUGAAAGCGGAAAAGAAGAUGAAAAAAAGAGCAAAAAGGAUAGUGGAAAAGAAGAAAAAGCUAAGAAGGAAAAAGAGAAGGAAAAGAAAAAGGAUGGAGAGAAAGAAGAAAGCAAGAAGGAUGAGAGCCCUGGCACCCCUAAGAAGAAGGAAACAAAGAGAAAAUUUAAGCUUGAACCUCAUGAAGAUCAAGUUUUCCUGGAUGGAAAUGAGGUAUAUGUAUGGAUCUAUGACCCCGUUCAUUUCAAAACAUUUGCCAUGGGACUUAUACUUGUGAUUGCUGUUAUAGCGGCAACUCUCUUCCCACUUUGGCCUGCAGAGAUGCGAGUAGGUGUUUAUUAUCUCAGUGUCGGGGCAGGCUGUUUUGUGGCUAGCAUUCUCCUACUGGCUGUUGCCCGUUGCAUCCUGUUCCUUAUCAUCUGGCUGAUAACGGGUGGAAGGCACCACUUCUGGUUCUUGCCAAACCUGACAGCAGACGUUGGCUUCAUCGACUCCUUCAGGCCCCUGUACACGCAUGAAUACAAAGGACCAAAGGCCGACUCAAAGAAAGAAGAGAAGUCCGACUCCAAAAAGCAGCCAAAGUCUGACAGCGACGAGAAAUCGGAUACUGAGAAAAAGGAAGACGAGGACGGUAAAGCAGAUCCACUGGCCAGCUUUGGGUCGGAGGGCCCUGGGGGAGAGCGGCAUUCAGACACAGACAGUGACAGACGGGAGGAUGACCGAUCCCAGCACAGUAGCGGUAAUGGAAAUGAUUUUGAAAUGAUCACAAAAGAGGAACUAGACCAGCAGACGGACGAAGGGGAUUGUGAAGAAGACGACGAUGAAGAGGAGGAGGAGGAAGAGGAGGGAGAACCUGGGCCUUUACACGAACAAUCAUAAUUUAACUGUAGCAUGGACUAAAUAUUGUGCAAGCAGUCGGGUUUUCUUUGUUGGCUGGUACACCAUCUGAUAGCAUUCUUUUCUCUCUUAUUUGCUGACGUACGCAGCUUAGCCAAACAGCUUUAGACUCUAAGGUUUUUUUGUUUUGUUUUACGGAUAAAAGAGAACCCCUGAACCUGGCAUAGUUUGUUUUAAGUAACAUCCAUUUAUAAAAGCUAUCAGUUACCAAUUUGUCAAUAAGUAGAUGUUCUAAUCUCUCUCUCUAGGUGAGGCAUGAAACACAUGAAGGAACAUAAUAAUAGUUGGGAAGAUGGCGUUAAUGCUUUCUGGAACUAAAGGCUUUUAUCCUGAGCAGUAAUUUAAGAAGGUAGUUGUUGAACGACCAAAUUUCAUAUUAUUUCCAGCAGGUCAAUUGAUCGGUAUAUUCAGCAAAGCAGUUGUCAUCUCAUUCUAGUGAUAUUAAUCGUCAUAAAACUGGUAAGACUUUUCUUAGAACUUUUUUUUUUUUUUGGUCUUUUUUGAAGACAGAAGUUAAGAACAACUUGACUGUAGGGUUUAAAGCUUUUCCUUUUCCUUUUAAAACCGUGUGCGACCAGCUUAGGAAAUCCAGACUGUUCUGUCCAUCUGGUUCAGAGCAAAGAACCCCCCAUCUGCAGCAGGGGGAAAGAAAAAGAGCAGCAUCAUUUUGGAGGUUUACGACUGUUGUCUUGACCUGCCCCCAUCAUAAUCCGAGAAGUGUAUUCUGUAUAUAACAUUACAAAUAAAGCGAACCCCUUAUUUUACCCGUUACUUAUUAUUUGGAGGUUUUAUCCACUUUCUGAUUUGUAAAACGAAAAGCCAUUUCAGGACAUGCGUGUGUGAGCGUCUUAGGGGAUAUGCAAGUCAUAAGGACCUGACCGGUGUGUUCGGCAGCUGCGUCUGCCACGGCUUUAGCUCUGUGCCAACAACAUUCCACGUAUUCAGAUCCAAGUAAACUGAUUCUGAUUGUACAAAAGCAAGACUGCAUAGCUCAGCGUAUGCCUUAAUGUUAAUCUUUGGUGUUUCCCCACCCCCUAUUCCCUUUCUGUCUUCAGAAAGUAGAGUACUGUAUUUGACAAAGUAGACACUGCCACAAGAGAGUAUUCACCUCUAUGGAAGGAUAGGCUUAACAAAACAAAACAAAGUUGUUGUUUUUAAAAAGAAGCAGCAGUAAUUCUCAUCUAAAAUAUGGGCAAGACCAAACAACUUCUCAAAAACUGGAAGGAGAUUUGAUUGUUUGCUUUUCUCUCUUGUGUGUCCCUUCUUUGACCGACUCGGGAGACCAUUGUGUGUUUAGUUCUAUAAACAUUUUAAAAGUUUAAGACUUUAUAUCAUUCCUCUGAAUCAUUAAACAUUUCAGCCUGAAACUGAAAUGAUGAAUACCAGUUCAGUUCUUUCUUAGCAAAGCGACUGUGAGGAAAUAAUGUUGGUUAUCUGCUUGCGUUUUCAAUAGUUGACUUUAACCGAUCUCUCCUUUCUCCCCUCCCCCACCCCCAUCCCCCCCAGAACUACUUUUUCCUAUCACCAGUGUUUUGACUGAAGAUGUUAAUUUUUUCCCAAUUGUGCAACUAUUUACAUUUUAUGUGUGCAUUGAUAAAAACCAUUCACAAA